AUGGCAUUUCUACCAGGUUUAACCACGACCAGGCCGUCACAGAAUGUAAAAGAACGAAGGAAGAGAUGCCAGGAGGGCAAGAAAUCCGGUUAUAGAAUUAGCUUCGCUGAUGUUAACAAGACAACGGAACAAAGCGACUGUAACGUUGUUGCGCGUUAUCGGAAUGACAGAAACAGCACUGGCAAGCGGAAAACUGUAAGUGUGUAUUAAACGGUUGUCGAUUUGUUGCACUAGCGUAUGUGGUCUUGAAAUGUGCAGUUGGAUUCACAGUAUUUGUUCACACGGAAAUUUGUAGGUUCGCAGUUUCAUGUAUGCCGCGUGAAUAGGUGAGAGUCGUGCUAUAGUAUACGGUUCAGAGUACAGACUUGUAGUUUAUGAAGAAGUCACGAAAUUUUAUGUGGAACGCAGUAUUAGGUUUCUAAAAGCAAUAAAUGCCGGCUUAUAUUUCUCAUCUCAAUGAAGUCCGCUGGAAGUUCCAGUUCACCGUUGAAAAUUGUCCGUGUCGUAUUACUGAGACACUGGGAUUAUCUAAACAGCAAAAAAUGUUUAUUAUACCUUCACAUCUCUAUUCACAAUAUAUCUUCUUCGCAUCCUCCUCUGGCUCCAAAUUGUUCGUCAUUCUUCUAUUGAAUGUCUUCAUGCUAAAAUUCUUUUCCAGCAGAAUAUUUCGCAAAAUAUUAAGAUGACCAGUGACACUUCCAGUAUUAAUAUCCCGCAAACUCAAGUAUCGAGCUAAUUAAACAAGCUUGGAUCUUGAUUCUCAUAUUCUUGAAGCUCGAAUCUUCAGCUUUACAAGAUGUGAAUAUUCGCAGUGCCAGUGUGUUCAUUUUAUUUAUAUCUUCAUGCUAACCUCACGAGGGAUUGAAUAUCUAUUAAAUACUUGAUCCUCUUAACAUUCUUCAUAACAUCUCAUUUCUUCAUUUCAUAAUCUGUCUCGAUUGCAACGACAUCACCUUUGGCUUUGAUCGGAUGCGUACGUGCUAAGGGACCGGUCAUAAAGUAACUGCUAGGGUGGGCCGGAAGGGAAAAUAGGUUUUCCAGAAAAAAAAACGGUGGCCCAUCCUGAGAACAUAGAAAAAAUUUCAAAGCGUAGGUCAUUGGAAAAAUUCACGACCCAUCCUGCUAUUUAGAGUUGAAAGAGUAUCAACGGCAGACCAUUGAAGCCUAUCUAUCUGGCAGAGAUGUGUUCGUUUCGGCACAGACAGGACAUGGGAAAAGCUUAACCUUUGAGUUAGCUCCGCAUGCUUUCGAGUACUUGUCAGAAAAUAACAAGUCGUUGGUUCUCGUCGUUGUUCCGUUGGUCUCGCUUAUGAAAGACCAAGUUAGCAAUUUGGUCAGACCAAGUUAG